AUGUUUAAACAAGUACCAAAUUCACCAAUUUGUAUUAGUAAAACAGUUUUACAUUUUGAUGAAACGAAGACUGAAAUACCUGUAAAUAAAGAAUCAAAAGACCUUAUUUGUAUUGGUAAUUUGGAUAAAAGGAAAUUAAAAAUUCAAAUGACAUCAGUAGAAAGUUGUAAAUAUGAAAUUAGAACAGACCCAUCAGUUGUUGAAUUAAAACAUGGAGAAGCGUGUGAAUUUCAAGUAUUUAUUACUCCAUAUUGUACGUGUUCUAUUAAUAAUUCAAUUAAAUUGGUUUAUUUGGAUUAUAAAGAAGGUAUUCAAAAGGAUAUUGAUAUUGGAAUUAAUACUCAAACAGAAAUGUCUCCAUUUAUUGAUGCUGAUGAAUUAAAAGAAGAUAAAUUUUUGGGAGAAGGCUCUUUUGGUAUGGUCUACAAAGGAGUUUAUAGAAACAUUACAGUUGCUAUUAAAAAGAUGAAAACAAAUGAUAUAGAUGAAAUGGAAAAAGAGCUUGAAAUGUUGAAUAAAGUUAAGAGUCAAUGUAUUAUUAGGUUCUAUGGAUGUGUUCAAACUAAUGGAAAUGUUAGUCUUAUUAUGGAAUUGGCAGAAUUUGGAUCAUUUAGUGAUGUCAUUCAAAAGAAGAAUCUAAAAAUGAAUUUAAGAGUUUAUUUAGACGCUGCAAAAGGUGUUGAGUAUCUUCAUAAUAAUGGAAUUAUUCACAGAGAUAUUAAACCUGAUAACGUUCUUAUUGUUAAUAAUAAUAUUGAUGCAGAUAUAUGUGGUAAAUUAACUGAUUUUGGAAGUGCUCGUAUGAUUAAUAUAAUUAGAAAGAAUAGAACGUUUACAAGUGGUAUUGGAACUCCAAUAUAUAUGGCUCCAGAAAUAUUAAAUGGAGAACAUUAUGAAGCGCCUGUUGAUAUAUUUUCAAUGGGUGUUAUGUUAUAUGAAGCGUGCUCAUUUAUCAAACCUUAUUCAAACAAAGCUCUGUUCCCAAAUUCAUGGUCGGUUCCUAUGUUUGUCCAAAGUGGAAAAAGAUUACCACAAAUAGAACCAAUUCAAGAUGAUUGUUUCAAUGCUAUUCAGAAAUGCUGGGAAGCAAAUAUUGAUUUAAGACCUGAUGCUUCUCAUCUUGUUCUUUUAGCAAAAGCAUUAUACCAACAUUAUUCUAACCUUGCCAAUUAG